GCAGCUUUCUCAGCUCUAGUUUCUCUCCAAAACAAUAUACUCCUUAUCGACAAUCACCCCAACCAUACCUUUUCCUUUGAGAAAGAACUAAUUUAUUCCCUUUCAGAUAAUGUUUCUUUCCUUAUCAAUUUCAUGAAAAGCUACGACAAUUCUCAUGGAUCCACAAGAGAAACAGCAGAAGCUUUAGAGAUGUGAAUUGCGUGUGCAGCUCAAGUGGCAAAAGAUGUGAUCGAAGCACACAUGGUGGAUCAGAUCCGUUGUGGAAACACUCAACCAUCUCGUUUCCUGCUGGAUAUGCACAAAGCAACCCAAAAAAUGGAUUACAUGAGGAGAAAAGUAACACAAAGAAUGGAUUACAUAAGGACAAAGACAUUAAACGUGAGAGUGCGAAGUGGAAUGUUGGAGCCGCCCACACAUUCAUCAACAACAGCCCAAUCAACGCCUCUUCUCACCUCUUUAAUGGUUGGAUUUGAUGAUAUCUUACUUCAACUUCUGCAUCUGCUCACCAGAGGUCCCUUGAGUCGGCGAGUCAUCCCCACUUAAGGCAUGGGUGGAAUUGGUAAGACUACUCUUGCCUUAAAUGCAUUUCAACAUCAAUGUAUAGUGCAACACUUUGAUGUUUGCCUUUGGGCAACAAUAUUUCAAGAGUUUAGCAUUCAGAAAGUGUUGGCACAACUCGUCUUGUAUGACAGGAUCCACUAGUGGAACUGUUGAUGUGGUGCGAGAAAGGUUGUACAAGAGUUUAUUCGGGCUAAGGUAUUUGAUUGUUCUAGAUGAUAUGUGGAACCUCAAAGCCUGGGAUGAUAUGAAUGUAACAUCCUUGUUUCCGGAUACCAACAAUGGAAGUCGAGUUGUGGUGACUACUAGGCUUGCAAAUGUAGCUUAUCGCUUAGGCGAUAAUGGUAAUCGUAUUGCAAUGAGUUUUCUGGAUGAGGACAAUAGUUGGCAUCUAUUUUGUCAAAAUGCAUUUGCAAAGCAGCAAGGAUGUUGCUCUCCUGAGUUGGAGGAGACUGCAAAGAAGAUAGUUGCACGGUGCAAGGGACUUCCCCUAGCAAUUGUUGUUGUCGGAGGCCAUCUCAGGAAGUCCCCAACAGCUCUUGCGUACUGGGAAAAUGUUGCACAAUCAAUUUUGUAUUCUACAGGGAACGAUGAGCAUUGCUUGAAUGUGUUAUCUUUGAGUUAUCGAUACUUGCCUGCUCAUCUAAAGCCUUGUUUCCUACUCCUUGGAGCAUUUCCAUAAGAUGAAAAGAUUAACGCGCAGAAUGUUCUUAAACUUUGGAUCGCUGAAGGAUGUAUAGAGCAUUUUGAUAAUCACAUAUUGGAAGAGGUUGCAUUGUUUUAUUUAAUGGAUCUCUUUAUGAGAAAUCUCAUUUUAGUGGGUAGUUGGGACUAUAAGGGAGAUGUAUACGCAUUUAAAGUACAUGAUCUAGUUAGAGAAUUGUGCCUACAGACUGCCAAGAAAGAAGAGUUUUUAUCAGUGUUUGAAACUUCAGGAGGCAUAACUAGGGAGCGUCGGGUUUUAAUCAAUGGAGAGGUGAAUCGUGAAACAAUAACCUCGAAUGCCCCAGUCCGUUGUCUGAUAUGCAACGGUGGCCAUUACGGUAUAAACAAUCUGAAUGGCUUGAAACUGCUGAGAACGUUGAGUAACGUUGCUACGACAUUCAUAAGUGAGUCUAUUUUUCAACAGGUUAACUUGCGGUAUCUUAAUGUGAGUCUUGUUUAUAUCCCUCGCCGGUCUCUUUAUUAUCUUCCUUCGUCGAUAUCAUUGCUUUGGAAUCUGCAAAUAUUAACAAUUUAUGUACCAAAUAAAUCAAAAGUAAUUGCACCUUAUGGGGUUUGGGAGAUGGUACAGCUUAGGAAGAUAGAGGUCAACAUGAUUUGUCUCAUUGAUCCUCUUCCUGUGGAUAAAGCAACACGCAUGGUUAUGAGAAAUCUAUACACACUUUUCGAAGUGGAGAAUUUCAGGCUUAGUGAAGAGGUUUACAGGAGAAUUCCCAAUGUCAGAGAACUGCAUUUAUCCUAUUCAUGUGAUGAAGAAAGUUGGUAUUACUGUCCCCACAAUCUUUGCUACUUCCAUCAGCUGCAAUACCUAGCAUUGCAGUUCGAUGGCGAUUCCAAGUGGCGUGAGUUUGCUACGUGCCUCACUUUCCCAAGUUCUCUCCGGUCGCUGUGUUUAAGUGGUUGUGGUGUAGACUGGGAAGAGUUGACAAUGAUGGUUGGAUCGUUACCCCAUCUUCAAAUGCUUUCAUUGUUACCAAAUUCAGUCAUUGGAUCUGUUUGGAACCCCAUUGAGGGCAAGUUUUGUCACUUGAAAACCUUGAAUAUUUAUGGUUGUGAUUUAGUUAGUUGGAAUGCUGACAACUCCCAUUUUCCAGUCUUAGAAAGUCUUCGUCUAAGGUUGUCUAAAUUGAUUGAGUUCCCUUCAGGCAUAGGAGAAAUAGGAACGCUCAAAUAUAUUGCUUUGAGAUUUUGUAGUGCAUCUUCGACCAUUUCAGCAAUGAGAACAUUGGCGGAGCAAGAGGAGCUUGCUAAUGAAAGCCUUCGACUUGCUGUAUAUUUUCGGGGUGACGGGGAAACAAUGGAGAGGUUCAAGAAGAGGGUCUCACCAGCAGUACUAAUCUGUCACUGCAUCUCCUCAGUUCCUAAUAACAUCCAUUCAUAUGCUCCUUGCAUCUAAGGACCCGUGCUCUGCAAUCUAAAGCAAUAUUAUGGAGCAAAGGACAAUGAUGAGUGUAAAUGAAGUUGCUGGACAUGAAGGAGUUACUGUUGAGAUAUCGCCCCUUGAAGAUGACGUGACUUUGCCUGACCAACUCUCUUCCUCUCUUCCCAUAUGCUGCCGCAACGACGCCACAAUAUGUUUACAAUUUCACCCGAUUGCAUACGGUGGUCGGUGGCUUGUCCCCGGCCAGAUCUUCUGCGACCUCGGCAAAAGCCCAGGCGAUCAUUUGAUAGUGAUUUCACUCUUUGUUUGAAUGUUAGCUUAUGUUGAGAUGUAUAGAUUUUCAUGUGUAACUAUUCACCGCAUAUUCCACUAAUAUUUUC